GGAGUACUUAGCAUAUAUAAUUUCCCUCUCCUUGCUACUUAGCCUCUGCUUCCUGCCGAUUUGUUCAGGUGCUCUGCAAUCCAUGCUGGCGCAAGUUCAAACCAUCCUCAUUUAAUCAAUCAGGCAACAACAAGAACAACAACUACAUCAUGGCGCAAAGUACCCUCCGAUAUGAGCAUAAUAGUUCGAAUCUCAUCACUAUCUCUCGUCUCUCACAACAAGCGCCCAGAAUCCUUGAAAAUUACUUUUCAAUAGGCGACACUACUCCAAUUGUACCGUUUCCUAACCGCGAAAAUCCCGGGGACUACGACAUAUUGGAGCAACUAGCCUUUUCGUGCUUACAAUCGGGGGAUGAUAGAUCCGCUCUUCGGUGUAUAGAUAUACUAGCAAGCCGCUUUGGUUCUUCGAAUAACAAGGUGACAGCAUUACGAGGAUUACAUGAGGAAGCUACUGCCGAAGGUCGCCCGGAGUUGGUGAAGUGUCUACAUGAAUACGAAGUCAUUUUGUCUGACGACCCAGUCAAUCUGCCAAUUUUGAAGCGUCGAAUUGCUCUUCUUCGUUACCUGUCUAGACCAGUGGAAGCCAUAACAGGAUUGAUAAAACUUCUGGAUGCUGUUCCGACAGAUGCGGAGGCAUGGUGUGAACUCGCAGACAUAUAUCAAUCUUUGGGGAUGUGUCCACAGGCGAUUUUCAGCCUCGAAGAGGCCUUGUUGAUUGUGCCGAACGCUUGGAAUGUACAUUCCCGGUUAGGGGAAGUCUUCUAUUCCUGUUCCUCUUCGUCUGAUGCCGGGAAUGCCUGCCAUCUUCUACGCAGAUCAAUCCAGUAUUUCUGUCGAAGUAUUGAACUCUGUGGCGAUUACUUGAGAGGACUCUACGGUCUCUUCAUGGCGACGUUACUUCUGCUUGAGAAAAUGUCGGAGGAAUCGACAAUGACAGCCAAGUUUACGACAACCGGAACGCUGGAAGCACUCAAUACAUAUGCGAGGAGACGACUCGAGGGUAUUGUGGCUCGACGCUCGUCAGAUCAUUCCUCGUGGGAGCACAAUCAAGCCGAGCUUAUAGCCGUCAAGGAGCUUCUCGAUCGCUCCGAUCGGCCUCAGUAAAUGAACAGAUGACGGAUUAAAACCAAGAUGCUAUAGUGAAGAUCAGGAUAGCGAUCUCUACGCAACAUGUGUUUCGCUCUCAGCUCAGGAGUGUAAAUGGGUUACCUGAGUCUAGGCACUCGUAAAGGCACGGCUUUUUAAAAUAAACCAAUGAGGAAGAAGACUCCUCAAGCCCUCCU